AUGUUCUUCUUCCAUCGUCCGCCAUCAGCUCCUGAUGAAAUCUACUCGUCGAGUCUUGCAACACUCCACGAGGGCCACGCCUUGUGGUAUCCGGAGCCACACGCGUCGGGCGAGCCGCAAAUCGGAGACGUCGGCUUCAUGCGCAAGGGAGCAUUCAUCAGACUCUUCAACCUCGACACCUCCGCGCCUGAGAAGAAGGUCGUAUUCUGGGACCCGCCGUUCGAGAUCACAGAGCCCUUACCUCCAGGUGUACUCAAGAUCGAUCCCAGGCGUCGUCCACUCGUUCCCGCCCAUUAUCGCAGUCAUGGAGUUGAGAGCAGGCAAUCACAUGCCUCAGCAGACAUAACGGCUGGUGCGAACGUGUCCGUGACGCUGAGCGCGGAGUACACAUGCAAAGCAUCACAAGGCGCGGUGCUUGCGCUGAAGAGCGAGGCAGACGGCGAAUCGAUAUUCGACAACCUGGCCUUGAAGGAGUACGUUAUCCGGCACCAUGGCAAGUGGUACGCAUAUGCCAGGGGCGUUCUCCGCCAAGACGUUAAGCGGAGAAACAUCGUCAUGGUCAUUGGGUGGGUCAAGACCGAGGCCGACUGGGCGACGGUCGCCUUCAGCAACACGAGUACAAGCUCAAGUGUCUCGAUCGAAGGCCAUGCCGGAGGUGUUGCGGGGCUGGGCGCGGGUACAUCGCACACGAGUUCUGUGACUGGUCCGACGAUGCAACGACAGGGAGAGAACUACAUAGUGAAUGCUCCUGGUCCCGUUCCUGCAAUGCCGAAGAGAGACCAGUCCGUCUUCGUAAAGCGCUACGAGGUGCGGAGGCGGCUUGGCGUGCUGAAGGAAGUUGUCGCGGGUGCGGGCUACCACCGGCUCCCGGAUGCAGGAGACGGAAGGGGUGGCUCGGCGGAAGAAGGAAUCAUGGCGCAAGAACUUGGAGAUAUCGACGAGACAAGCAUUCUGGAUCUUUGGAAUGAGGUACAUGGUGAGAUAUACGACCCACUGGAUGUCCUUCUCGAGUACAUACUCGAGGUACGCCUGUUCAACGGCUUAUUCAUAACGUCGCGGUGCUAA